AUGCCUUCUGAAAACCCCGAAGAGCAGCUGAAGACGUUCAUCUCUGAAGACCCAGACUCGCACUACACGUUUGACAGCGAGCGCGGCGCGGCGCGGUCAGAAGUAUGUAGGGAAGGGAAGGAGAAGGGAAGGAAAUGCAUCACGCUGGCCAUGCAUUCCACGAAGAUGUUUGCUGCCAUGCAGGCCCAAGGAUUCUUCUGUGCGCUUCCCAUGGACCCUUCCCGGACACAUAUGGAAUGCAGACGUAUGCCCAAGACGUGA